UUUAAAAUUUAAAUCUUAAGUUCUCAUUUGUUCUGAAUCUUUUAGAUUAUUUUUGUGGUUGGUUAAAAACAGAACUUCUUUUGUUUAAUUAGCACAUAAGUGACGUUUGGAUAACACAAAUGGCUAUGAGAAACUAAGUUUUAAAAUUAGAUUGAAAGAUCUUUAUUUGGGAUAUACAUAUAUGGAUAUCUUCUAUAUAAAUGCGUAUCAACCCGCAAUGUCUAAAACCUAAUCAUAAAAAAAUAAGAAAAUAAUAUCAUAUAAAAAUAUAACAAAUACUAUUUAUUGAGAAAUUAGGAAUAAGAGUUAUUCAAAGACCAUAAAGGACGCACAAAAGAUCUUAAAGCUGUGGUACAAUAUCACUUCAUAAUAGUAUUAAUAAAUAUAUUUGGAACGCCUGACGCAUAUAUUUGUAGAUUUCUAUUAUAUAUCACAAUGAUUGGCAAAACAAGUCAUAACUCUGAAUAACUUUCAAUUUAUUUUUAACGUGAAAAUUUAUUAUGAAUGAGCUAUUGGUGAAGAAAUGUGAUCUCUGUCAUAAUGAAUCUGACACGGAAAGGGACAUUUUGUACUUCGGUGAAUGGCUGCAAAAAGGCAACAUCACAGUGCAUCAUUUUUGUUUGCUACUCUCUAAGAACUUAACACCAAAUGGCCAAAAAAGGAGUGGAAUAAAAGGCUUUUUAAUGAAUGACAUACGACAGGAAAUAAAAAGAGCAUCCAAGUGUCAAUGUUGUUAUUGCAACGAAUAUUACGCCACAAUAUUCUGCGCGACCUGUGGUGAUGCCUUGCACCUAAAUUGUGGACGGCAGAUGAGAUGCUUAUUUCAGUUCGGAUAUGGGUUUAAUACGUAUUGUAACGAAUGUUUGCCAAUUCACAAAUAUGCCAAAAAACUCAAUCUUAAUUCUGAGAUGUCAGAUUAUAUUUGCUACAUAUGUUAUGAAGCAUUGGGCCCUUAUUCUGCAGUCGAAUGGAUCUGGGCUGAAUGUUGCGGUAAUGGGUAUGUACACCGUAUUUGCAUGCAGAAAUAUGCAUAUACCGCAGGACGUAAUCUUAAAUGCAUAUGGUGUAACAAUAAAAAUUUUCGGGAAAAUAUAAAACUACAAGGUAUAUAUGUUCCAGAUACUAAACCACAAUGUGAGGAAUCUUAUGGAGAAGAAUUUCAAUUGCAACUGCAAUGUGAAGCGAAAAAUUGUUUAUGUCCAUUUGGUCGCAAAUACAAUAAACAUUUUUGGAAAUUAAUAUCUUGUGAAUAUUGUGGAGGUUAUAAUAUACACAAUCCUAAAUGCAUGACAAAUGCACAAUAUUCUAAAAAGAAGAUUAAAGAAUAUAUAUGCGAUAUAUGUGCAGGCGCUACAAACUUAAACAGCAAAUCCGAAAAUAAGAAGUUGGAAGAAAUAUGUAUACAAUCAAUCAAUAAUAGAGAAGAAGAAAAAAUUAAUGAAAAUGAAAUAGAGAUCAAUUCCUUAAAUAUGCAAAAUAAAUUAAUUGCACAAGAAAGUAUCCAUCCACUUAACAGUUCGAAUAGCUUAAACCUUGACGAAAGUCUACCAGAUAUAAAUUUAAAUAGUGGCAUUCUUAGCAUGUAUGAAUUUGAUAGUAAUAUGAAUUGUUUAGGUACAUGUUAUGUAUACACCGAUAAUAUACAUGAGAAUAAAACGGAGAAAUUUCCUAUACACGUUCCAGAGUCAAACAUUAUAGGCCGGACUGACGACAAAGGAAUUUUUAAGGAAAUAAAUAAAAUUUUAGAAGAAUAUCAAUCUUAA